AUGACUAAACUAAUAGAAGAUCAUAUAGAGAGCUCGUCGACCGAAGAGAGCGAAGUACUCAUACCGAAACAACAAGAUGGAAUCUCUCUUAAAUCAAAAAGCAACUACGAUUCCACAGAUGCAUCUGAAGAAGAUGAAUUUGAUUCCGAUGUUCUUGAAUUACCUCAAGUAAUUAGAGAAGUAGUUCCCCUCGAAGAUGAUCCUACCAUUCCUGUUUUAACAUUCAGAUAUUUCCUAUUAUCAAUAUUAUUCAUCAUACCGGGAGCAUUUAUAGAUACCAUGAAUUCAUACCGAACAACAUCCGCAGCAUACUCGAUAUUUUUCGUGCAGAUUGUCUCACAUUGGAUGGGAAAAUGGUUAGCCAAAACAUUACCGAAGAGACAAAUACGAAUUUUUGGUUUACCUCCGAUCCACCUCAAUCCUGGCCCAUGGUCAAUUAAAGAAACGGCUAUGAUAACAAUCACAGCAAAUAGUGGAGCAACAGGAAAUAUGGCAACCAAUGCCAUCUCAUUAGCUGAUUUAUAUUUUGGAGAGAAAGUCCCUACUUUAAUAGCAAUAGGGUUCAUGUUUGCAAUUGUCUUUGUGGGAUAUUCAUACGCGGCAAUUGCCAAAAACAGUUUGGUUUAUGAUUCACAAUUAACAUGGCCCCAAGCUUUGAUGCAGACUACAUUAUUACAGUCACAAGCUAAAGCCGAUAAAGAUUCACGACAUGCUAGUAAACAGAUGAAAGUCUUCUUUGCUGUCUUGAUUGGGGUUGCUGUAUGGCAAUUCUUUCCAGAAUUCUUGUUUCCAUUCACUACUUCAUUAGCCAUUUUAUGUUGGAUUGCUCCUUAUAAUGAAACGGUAAAUUUUAUUGGGUCAGGUUUGGGUGGAAUGGGAGUAUUGAACUUUUCAUUAGAUUGGGCAAACAUUACUUCCUCAAUUAUGUUAUAUCCAUAUUGGGUUCAAGUUAUACAAUUUGUUGCGUUUGUUAUAGGGGCAUGGGUGCUUAUUCCAUUCGUGAAAUGGGGUGGAAUAUUUGAUUUCAAGUAUGGAUUAAUGAGCAAUAGUUUAUUCACCGGGAAUGGGACUAUAUAUCCUACCCGAGAAUUGUUGACUGCAAAUUUAGAAUUGAAUACCACUGCAUAUGAAAUAUAUGGUCCUGUUCAUCUUGGAGCUCAACGUGCUUGGAAUAUGUUUUUCGAUUAUGCAGCAUACGUAAGUGGAAUCACUUGGGUGGUAUUAUUUGGAUGGGAUAAGUUCAAAUUAGCAUUUCAUAAAUUUACAAAUGGGGGAGAAUACUUGAAGCACAUGCCUAAAGACAGAUUAAAUAAAUUACAAGCCAAGUACGAGGAUGUUCCAAUGAAAUGGUAUUUAAUGUUAUUUAUGAUAUCCUUUACUAUAUUAAUGUCUAUCUUUUGGAACGGACAUAUGUUUAUGCCAUGGUGGUGUUUAAUAGUUGCAUUGAUCAUGGGUUCAAUUAUCGUGACGCCUUUAGCUUGGCUUUAUGCAUUAUCCAAUUUUCAAUUAGCAAUUGGUACAUUCAAUGAAUUAGUCUAUGGAUAUAUGAUUCAAGGAACGAAAAGUAGACAUCCAGCGGGUGCAUUAGUAUUUGGAUCCAUUGCUGGGAAUGCAUGGUAUCGAGCCCAAUUCCACUUAGAAUGUAUGAGAUUAGGAUUUUAUGUGCAUUUACCUCCCAAAGCAGUAUUCUUUUCACAAUUAUUCGGAGAAUUUAUCGGGAUUCCAAUAAAUUAUGUUGCAUUACGUUGGGUUUUGAAAACUAAGCGAGAAUAUCUUAAUGGUACCAAAGUUGAUUCAUUACAUCAAUGGACGGGACAAACUAUUGCCGCAAAUCAUACAAAUGCUAUCCAAUAUGUUGUAUUAGGUCCUACAAAACUUUUCCAGAAUUAUCCAUUAUUACCAUAUGGAUUCGUAUUGGGAUUGAUGGGUCCUUAUUUAAUCUAUAAGUUACACAAAAGAUACCCUAUGGAUGGAUUUAACUUAUGGAAUACCACCGUAUUCUUCUCAAGUAUGAGUAAAUUCUAUGGAAAUAUUUCUACUGGGUAUUUAUCAAGAUUCAUUGGUGGAACUAUCACUAUGUAUUGGGCAUUCAAUUAUAAGCAUAGUAUCUGGAAGAAAUAUAAUUAUUUAUUGGCAGCUGCAAUGGAUACUGGAUAUAAUUUGGCAGUGUUAUUAAUUUUUUUGAUGUUUUCGUUGUUCACUACAGUUGAGAUGCCUAACUGGUGGGGAAACAACGCAACGAGUAUCGAGCGAUGCUUUGCCUUAUAG